ACUUCUCCCGUCAGUCUCUUUCGUUCACUGUUGUAGCGGAGGUGGGGAUUCUCAAUUCCACCCAGUCAGACGCAGGCAGGAGGAUCUGGUAAGACUAUCCCAGGAAAAGCCACUCGGCAGGAAUUCUCCGAGGCGGCGGCGGCGGCAGCAUGAGGUUUCUCUCCACAGGUGAAAAAAUGAGAAAUAUCUCACUGAAAUACUGAAGAAAAAAAGCGAAGGUCUUGUUUCAUUGAAUUUGCUCACUGGGGACUUCAGGAUGGAAGCCUUGUGUUUAAGAGUUUCCUUGCUGCUGCUGGUGCCGGGAUUUGUCCUCAGUGACAGCUCUGACAGAGACGUUUCCAACCGGAGCGACUCGGGAAACCCCCUUUCCACCUUCUCAGGGAUGGAAUCCAUUCUCCUCACCACCAUGCAGCCCCCCGUGUCCAACCAGACUGUCAAAUGUUCCCAGCAGACUAAGAUUGCUGAAACUUUCAAAUACAUUAACACCGUGGUGUCCUGUGCUAUUUUCAUCAUUGGGAUGGUUGGGAAUGCCACUCUGCUGAGGAUCAUUUACCAGAACAAGUGUAUGAGGAACGGCCCGAACGCGCUGAUAGCCAGCCUGGCACUGGGAGACCUUAUCUACAUCGUCAUUGAUAUCCCCAUCAUCGUGUACAAGCUCCUCGCUCAGAAGUGGCCUUUUGGAAAUACAGAAUUUGGACAGUUUCUUUGCAAAUUCCUUCCCUUUAUCCAGAAGGCAUCAGUGGGAAUCACAGUCCUUAACCUGUGUGCCCUUAGUGUGGACAGGUAUAGAGCAGUUGCGUCCUGGAGCCGUGUACAGGGGAUUGGAAUCCCCAUGAUCACUGCUAUUGAAAUUUUCUCCAUUUGGCUUCUGUCCUUCAUACUGGCCAUCCCAGAAGCAAUUGGCUUUGCUGUGGUACCUUUCAAAUACAAGGAUGCAAGUUAUGUUACCUGCAUGCUCAAACCUACAAAUGAUUUCAUGUUGUUUUACAAAGAUGCAAAGGAUUGGUGGCUGUUUGGUUUCUAUUUCUGCAUGCCGCUGGCAUGUACUGCCAUCUUUUAUACGCUAAUGACUUGUGAAAUGUUAAACAGAAGAAACAGCAACUUGAGAAUUGCUCUCAGUGAACACCUGAAGCAGCGCCGAGAAGUUGCCAAGACAGUUUUCUGUUUAGUUGUGAUUUUUGCUCUUUGCUGGUUCCCUCUCCAUCUGAGCCGGAUUUUGAAGAAAAUGGUAUACAAUGAAAGAGAUCCCAGCAGAUGUGAACUGCUCAGUUUCUUGCUGCCCUUGGAUUACAUCAGCAUCAACCUGGCAACCAUGAACUCUUGUAUAAACCCCAUAGCUCUGUAUUUUGUGAGCAAGAAGUUUAAAAACUGUUUCCAGUCAUGUCUUUGCUGUUGCUGCUCCCAGUCUAAGAGUUUGGUGACUUCAGUGCCCAUGAAUGGAACAAGCAUUCAGUGGAAAAACCAAGAACUAAACAAUCACAAUACAGACCGAAGCAGCCAUAAAGACAGCAUAAACUGAAAAUUAAGGACUCUCACAUCAUUUCAGAAUGAAACAGGAAAAUAAAAGUCACUACAAAGCUAUUACAAAAGGAAGCCCAGUGACUGUUUCAUAAUGAAUUCAGACAUGUGCACCAUUGUAGCUAAUUCUAGAGGUGACUGAGUAGAUGGAGUGAGUGUAGCUGUGAUGUCCUGUGAACUGAGAUCCACUGGAUGGUAAUUCUGCCUCUGAAAAGGAUAUUGAUGUGAUUAUGACACAAAAAACUGGCUUGAACUAUACAGGUGGUUUUGCUCUUCUGAAGCAGGCAGGAACUGCCCAGUGUCUGUGACUGGUACAAUGCAAUCUUUUUACCUGAUUGUCACCUCGAAUUAAUCACUCUGGAACUUUUGAGAAGAUAUCAAAAUGGAAUCUAUCUGUGACUAUAUUUUCUCUCUGCCCAUUUGUCUUUUAAGUUCUAUUUCUGUGGUGGAUAAAGUCCAUGCACCAGUUUGCUUUGCAUGUUGUUGUUGUUGUUGUUGCUGUUUUUCAGGUUUAUGUUAGAAAAUGUUUUGGCCCACACCAGCAUUCUGCCUAUGUUACAAUGGAUUAGGACAUUAGCUGGGCAGUUCACAUUUGUAGCACUUCAGUAUUCAAAUAUAGGAAGAGACCAUUUAAACAGCAUCAACAUUUGGCACUUAAGCACAGAUUAAUACCAAAAAAAGAGGUAUUAAUAAUACAGUACUAUACAGUGUUAUUUAUUCUAAUGCUCUGUACAAAAUAAACAUAGUCUGUAUCAGCAAAAAGAAUGGAAGAUGCUCACAGAUGGGCACCUUACAAUGUGUUUUUAUUAACCUGACAUGUUAAUUCUUAAACUAUAUGAACCUUUUAAUCUAUUUAGACUAUAGCUGCAUUAAAUCUAAACUGAAAUGAGGGUCAGUGGAACAUAGUGAUACCUUAUUAAAGCUGUCCACAGCAUUCUGAGAAUAUGGUUAUUAUCAGAGCAGCUAUGCACUCUGUUUUCACAUUUUGAAUAUGAUGUUACAGUCAAAAUGAAUGUGGAAAUGUGGAAGUCCAUAAGAGUUGGAUGUGCAGAAGGAUAUUUUGUGCCUUAUUUCUUACAGAGUUCUGUCUUACACAACACGCAAAGAUUUUAAUGGGGUUCAAUAGCUUAUCAGCAUUGUUAACCAUACAAAUGCUAUUAAAAAUAUAUAGAAGCUAUUGCUUGCAUAUAUGUAAACUGAUGGUUUCCUUAUUAUUUCCAUCCAUUAAGGCUACACGGCAAGAGAUUUCAGUUUGCCUAUAAAAAUUUUUAAUAGGUAGCCUUUCAUUAAAUGGUGGAACUCAAUAGUGUGGUGUCAUAUAUAAUAUGUCUCAUGCACAAACCUGUUAGGCAAUUUAUAGCAUCUUUUGUACUAGGCUAAGAAGCAGUAAUCAAAAUUCCACAAAUUUUUAAACAUCCGUUUCCUCUCCAGUGAAAGAUGGAAUCCUGCAUAGUUUUAUUUAAGAGGUCAAAAUGCUAGUGCCUACAGUGACUUCUGCUGCACAAGUUUCCCCAAUGUUUACAUUCACACAAAUCUGAAGUAUAUUUAAAAAAAGGUUCUUUAAACUGGUUUGUGUAUUUUUUGUGUGCUUUUGUCUCCAUGACAUAUAUGCCUGUAUAAAUACAUAUAAAUCUAUGUUCAUAUGUUAUAAACCUAAAUACAGUCUUCUGACAGUGCUCUGUGGUAGAGCCUAAGAGCAUGGUAUGGAAUGAGACUUGGCUGAAUUUUACUUAGAAUAUUUCAUCCUCAAACUGUAUCAGAAAUCAUAGUAAAUGAGUGACAAUGCUCUCCUUUGAGAAAACU